AUGGACUUUGAUCAUUACGGACAGAGCUCCCAGCAGCCUCGGCAGCGGCGGAAACGUGUCGCUAAAAGGCGACUUCGUAAUAAGCCUCCGGUCGCUGCUCGUCUGGCGCUGGAUGCUCAGCUCCGUGGCAAUGUCGGCCUCUUAUCGGAGGACUUGGCGAAGGACCUCUUUCCGCAGCAGUCGCUUCAGGACGUUGCGACGCAUGACGGUGUUCACUAUGUAGCCGUUUCCCCGCAUUCCCCGACCUUUUCCUCGGUGGAGGACCAGGCAUGGACGAUUCUACCUGUGCGAAUUCACAGCUCGGAGCGCUCGCAAACGCCAAUCUCACAUUCUACCGUCCUCUUUCCCGAUUCCGCCGAUACCCUGCAACCGUUCCUUCAGGCCCUCGGGAAGCUCGACCCAUCCCGGAAUUCGCUACAGACUCACCGGGCCGUGGAGAUCCGGCUCCUCGAUGUCGCCCCGUUGCAUCUUGAUACCGUCUUUGUGACCGUUGAGCGCCAUUUACUCCGCAAUCACGACGAUGUACAGAACAAGUUUGGCGGUGGCUUCUCAUCUAACGUUCAUGGGCCGAAUGGAGUGUGGUCCAAGAACGGUAAGAUUGCCGACGCACGACGGCCUUCGAAGAAGGCAGCGGCCGACGCCGAGCAACGACUGACUGCAGCCGUGCGCGAGGCAUUGACUGCACAACGACUCGUGCAUAUGGGUGACGUUCUUCCACUCCCUCUUCCUCCACAUCCUAUUACAUAUGCGCCCGCGCCACCCGCUCGCAUUUCUUUCUGCGAGCCAGUUUCACAGGGUCUCCUGGGCCCGACGACAAAGGUGGUUCUUGUUCAAGCUCGUUCGCAGCAGGGUAACCGGGUACCACAAACACUGCCACCGCGAUCCGCGCUCCUGAAACAAGUGGCCGAAGAUGAAGCCGACGAUACCUCCAAUGAACAGUUCUACUCUGCGGCCGAGGAUAAGGCUGGAGAGAGUGGCACUGAGGUGGAAACAACGUCUGCCGCCGAAGAAUCCGAGACCGAAGGAUCAGCUGGAUCUAUGAGCGAUGACUCUGACGAUUCUCUCGAAGACAUGAUUUCGCUUUCCGCGCCCGAGCUUCCUCAACCUCCAUCCGGCGUUAUGUCUUCUAUCACCUCCGCCACACCCAGGGCAGGCGGUCGACGAAUGGAUGGCAUCCAUACCCCGGGCUCAGUUGCGUCAAACUUCACAUCGGCAACUAUGCGGCCUGGCCGCGGCGGUGGGAAGGUUUUCAAGGUCGAAGGACUCUUGCAACAGGUGCCUAAUGAGGUUCUUCAUCCCCGUCCACGCGAUGACGAAGACGUGGACUCGUUCAUUUUUGUCGAUAUCAGCACACUUGCCAAGAUUGGUUGCUUCUCGGGCGACUGGGUGCGAAUCGAAGCGACCGAAGAGCCCCAACUCGGCAUGUUCGCAUCGCUGAAGUUUGGUAGCUUCAAUAACGAUGCCACCGAAGAUGCUGGAGAUUGGCGCCCUGUCAAGGUCUUCGGACUGCCAGGGCUUCCAUCUGCUAAGCCCCGGUAUGCAAUCAACCACUCCGGUGCUCGCCGGUCGAGCUUCUCGCAGCUGGCUCCGACGCGAUUGACCCCUUCCGUUUUCGUGCCUCCAUUGCUCUUGAGCAACAUUGAGAACCCUAAGUACCUCCGUAUCUCGCCGAUGACCUUUGCAGCUGCCAACGGCGUGUCGAAGCCUGGCCUCUUGCAUCACAUGAAGAACAGCGCUGUGAAGAACCCUCCCUUGGCGAAGGAAGUCACACUGCUCAAGGUCUCCACGCCUUUGUCGAUGGACCGAGUCCUCCAGCCAGCUCUCUUUGCCGGGCUCAAGCAGUACUUUGAGUCUCGCCGGAGAAUACUGAAGAGUGGUGAUCUUGUUGGUAUCAGUGUCGACGAGGGAUUGGGCCGAGCGGUCUUUUCUGGCACAGCUGGAGGUGACGGCGCGAACCAAGAUGAUGAUAUAACCGCUCGGUUAGGCCAGGGUUCUAAGCCGGAGAGCUCGGAAGCUCGCAAGGUCGGCGUCGCCUGGUUCCGUGUCGGGCAAGUGGCUCCUACUAGCAUUGAGGAAAUGGAGGAGACGGGCGAGGAUCAAUGGGGUGGUGUUGCGGUCAUUGACCCCAGCAGCACUCGCAUGGUCCAGGCCGGUAGCGAUGUCAGCCGAGUGCCCGGUAUUCUGGGUAACGGCUGGGAGUACUGGCUCGGCGUCAAGUCCAUCCCCAAGACCGUUGGUGACGCUUCAGCACCUCAUGGUAUCGCCACAGAACCUCCACAGUCGUUUAUUGCCCCCUUGCAGCUGCGCAUCCGCGACUUGAUGGCGGCAGCAACGAGUCCAAGGGCUAUCCAGCUGGGCAUGAAGCCCGUCGUUAUCCUUCUGAAGUCUCAACAGCGACACAUCGGCAAGGCAACCGUUGCGACGCGUGCCUGUGCAGAUAUCGGUCUCCACACCUUCCCCAUUGACGCCUAUGAUAUCCUCACAGAGGGCGGCGCAAACGGCGGUGAUGUCAAGACUGAGGCUUAUCUCAAAGCGCGUGCUGAGCGGGCAUUCCAUUGUGGUGCGAACUGCACUGCCCUGCUUAUCAAGCACAUUGAAGUAUUGACAGCCGACCGUAUUGUGACUGCCAUGAACGAUAUUCUUGGUGAGGCCCGGGUCGUGAUUGCGACGACUACCGAUGUUGAACAGAUUCCCGAGGGAAUUCGCAGCCUUUUCACCCACGAGUUCGAGAUGGGAGCCCCCGAGGAGAAGGAACGUGAGGGUAUCUUGCGUAAUGUGGUUGCGGAGCGUGGCAUCAAGCUGUCGGCCGAUGUGGAACUCGGAACCGUGGCGCUCAAGACUGCCGCUUUAGUCGCGGGAGAUCUGGUCGACGUGGUGGAACGCGCUGCUGGUGCCAGAACUGCCCGCCUCGAGAAACUGGCAGAGACUGCCAGCAAGCAGCUUUCCGGUUCUGAAGUCUGCGUGAGGGAUGUUCUGAUUGCCGGUGGAGAUGGCGCUCGUGGAGUUACCAAAGCCGACUUUGAUUUCGCUGUCGAGGCCGCCCGCAAGAACUUCGCCGACUCGAUUGGUGCACCCAAGAUCCCCAAUGUUGGCUGGAAUGAUGUUGGUGGUUUGACUAACGUCAAGGACGCUCUGAUUGAGACGAUCCAACUGCCUCUUGAACGUCCGGAGCUGUUUGCCAAGGGCAUGAAGAAGCGUAGCGGUAUUCUGUUCUAUGGUCCACCCGGAACCGGCAAGACGCUACUUGCCAAAGCCAUCGCUACCGAGUUCUCUCUCAACUUCUUCUCCGUCAAGGGUCCCGAAUUGCUCAACAUGUAUAUUGGUGAAUCCGAAGCGAACGUGCGCAGAGUCUUCCAGCGCGCUCGGGAUGCCCGGCCGUGCGUUGUAUUCUUCGAUGAGUUGGAUUCCGUGGCACCCAAACGUGGUAACCAGGGAGACAGCGGUGGUGUUAUGGAUCGUAUCGUCAGUCAACUGCUGGCCGAGCUGGAUGGUAUGAACGGCGGAGAGGAGAACAGCGGAGGCGUUUUCGUCAUUGGCGCAACCAAUCGUCCGGAUUUGUUGGAUUCGGCACUGCUGCGUCCUGGUCGUUUCGACAAGAUGCUCUACCUGGGUGUGUCAGAUACGCACAGGAAGCAGGCAACUAUUCUGGAGGCACUUACGAGGAAAUUCGCUCUUCACCCCGAUGUCUCGCUUGACCGUGUGGCAGAUAAACUUCCUUUGACAUACACCGGUGCUGAUUUGUACGCCCUUUGCUCCGAUGCCAUGCUGAAGGCAAUUACACGGAAAUCUACAGCUGUCGACGAGAAGAUCAAACAGCUGCCUGGAGGUCCGGUGACCACGGCUUACUUCUUCGAUCAUCUGGCAACCCCCGAGGACGUUUCGGUGACGGUGACGGAGGAAGACUUCCUCUCCGCACAAGGAGAACUCGUCCCUAGUGUCAGUGCCAAGGAAUUGGAGCAUUUCGAACGGAUCCGCCAAACGUUCGAAUCUGUCGAUAAGAAGCAGGAGAGUGGAAACGGUGGCUCGCAGACGAUUGCUGAAGCCAUGGAAGCGUUCAAUCUGGACGCAGCGUCGCCGUCACCCGUGGGAACUCCCACGAGCAAUGGAGAUGGCUCCUUGGUCGGCAGUCUGCAUGGCCGCAUUAAGGGCUUGAAGCAGUGGCCUGGUGGUAUUGUACGCAGUGCCAGUGGUCAAUCAACCACGAGCAGCAAAGGCAAAGGCAAGGCUGUUGCUGGCAAGAAGGGCAAGGGCUCGCAUGUUGGUGGUGAUUCCGAUGCCUCCCUGGAGGGUGAUGAUGAAGAAAUGGCCAACGGUCAAGUGGACGAUGAGGAUGAGGAGGAUUAUAUCGUUCGCACUGGACACCUUGCCAAUCCUAUGGAAGAGGUUGAGUAG